CACCAUCAUCACCACCUUCUCCCAUUCCUCAUCUCUGCCUCGCAAUGGCGACAGCCCAGGCCAUCAGACCCGGCCCCGCAGGUCAGCCUGAUAUCGGCUAUGCUCCAGACUUAGACAAGUAUCUCGCUCGCGUCAAUCGUCGGAGAGCCACCGAGCAGCUGUCACAUGAUUUGCCAGAAGGCUUUCCGAAGGAACUGGUAUCGGACCUGGUCUGGGACGGCAAAGACAUUGCUCAGAAGUACAACGUUGUUUACGAGCUGAAUGGGGCUGAACUCGACGAGAUCGAAGCCGGGCUGAAGCAUUUCAAAUCUCUGAACAAGCCUCUCGGAUUCAUUGACCAGGACACUUUCCCGCUUCCUCAACUGCAUCAUGCUCUUCGGGAAAUUUCCAAUGAGAUCCACAAUGGUCGCGGCUUUAAAGUGCUGCGUGGCCUCCCCUUCGCGAAACAUACGCGUGAAGAGAAUGUCAUCAUCUACGCCGGUGUAUCUAGUCAUGUUGCAUCAAUCAGGGGCCGGCAAGACCAUCAAUUUGAAGGCAGACCGGCCGAUGUUGUCUUGAACCAUGUCAAGGACAUGAGCGCAAGUGUAGAAGCUUCUAAAAUCGGUUCGCCAGCAUAUACCACAGACAAGCAGGUCUUCCAUACUGAUGCUGGAGACAUUAUUGCCUUGGCUUGUCUCGAGACUGCGGCAUCCGGAGGCGAGAGUAAGCUUUCCAGCUCGUGGACUGUCUACAACGAACUUGCUCGAACGCGUCCCGACCUGAUUCGGACCCUAGCCGAGCCCUGGGCUGCGGAGAAUUUCUCCGGCCAAGGCCAGCAGUACUCGCUGCGACCAUUGCUUCACUACAUUCCUAAGAGCGCAUCUACGCCAGAACGAAUGAUCAUUCAAUAUGCAAGACGCACAUUCACAGGCUACUGGGGCCUGCCACGCUCUGAGAACAUUCCGCCUAUCACGGAAGCACAGGCCGAAGCUCUUGACACCUUGCACUUUCUCGCAGAGAAGCAUGCUGUGACUCUGGACUUCCAAAAGGGCGAUGUGCAAUACGCCAACAAUCUCAGUAUCUUCCACGCUCGGGACGCUUUCAAGGACACACCAGAGCAGCAGCGUCAUCUCAUUCGGCUCUGGCUGCGAGACCCCGAACACGCUUGGCCGACUCCAGCUGCACUGCAAGGUCGCUGGGAUCAUGUUUAUGGCAACGUGACACCAGAGAACUCUAUAUUCCCACUUGAGCCAAGAAUUCGAAGCUCGAGUGCUGGUAAGACGAAGCCUGUGCAAUGAAUGUAGUAUGGCAUCAGCUGUUCAGGAAUUUGCACCAACCUAAGAUAAGUCGAAUGGACCAAUUUCAACG